UGUGGGUGUUUACAGACCGGCUGCGUGUAAUUAAAGGAGCAGAAUGACGUUUUAACCGAGUGUAGAAGCAGCUCAGCUCCACCAUGUCCGGAGCUUUAGCCAGGCUGCUCUUCUACCCGACCUUAGGCUACAAUGUGCUCAUGGAGAAGGUGUCGUCGAGGCGCUGGUUCGACCGGGUGGACGGGACGGUCCUGCUGGGGGCUCUUCCGUUCAGAUCCAUGACCAAACAGCUGGUGGAAACGGAGAACGUUCGGGGCGUUGUCACCAUGAAUGAGGAGUUUGAAACCAAAUACUUCUGCAACUCAGCUGAGGAGUGGCGCGCUGCAGGAGUGGAGCAGCUCAGGCUCAGCACCGUGGACCUCACCGGGGUCCCCAGCCUGGAGAACCUCCACUCAGGGGUGGAGUUUGUCCUGCAGCACAGACAGCGGGGAACCAGCGUGUACGUUCACUGCAAGGCAGGGCGCUCCCGCAGUGCCACGCUCGCCGCUGCAUACCUCAUACGGUUACACAACUGCACACCAGAGGAGGCCUGUCAGAGGCUGGCGUCAGUUCGACCCCACAUCCUGGUGCGCUCGGCUCAGCUGGAGAUGCUCAGGAAGUACCACAAGGAGGUGUGUGGACAGACCAGCUGAGGGAGUGUGCUGACCGUUGGGACCUCCCUGAUCCAACUGAGGCAGAAAACUGGACUCGGCGCCUCCAUCGAAGCAGGUCUGGGCCUGUUCUGGGUGUUUAAUCCAACAUCUGAAGGCCCUGUUGGGAAACAGUCCAUUCAUCCCUGCUUGUAUCAUCGAGCUUUACUUUGUGCUUUUUGUUUCUAUUAAAAUAAAUGUUCAGGAAAAAAAACUUUCUGUAAAGAAGCAGCUGUUAUAGAAGCUGAAAUUCCAGGAAUCAUACACUGUAUUAUUACAAGGGUUUAACAAAACUAUCAAGCCAGUUGAAUUACUUGUUUGUAUCACAAACGUUGUGUUUUUAUCUUGUAAUAAAUAUUGUG